AUGUCAGAAUUAAUAGACCGUCCGCGUGCAGAUUUAACCCAAGAUGAACUUCAACAGUUGGAGGAAUUCGAAUUCAAGCAUGGCCCCAUGUCACUCAUAAACGAUGCCAUGAUAUCAAAGAUCCCAGUAAUCAUAUCUUUAAGGAAUAAUCACAAGAUCAUAGCCCGUGUGAAAGCCUUUGAUAGGCAUUGUAACAUGGUGCUCGAAAAUGUCAAAGAGCUUUGGACUGAAAAACAGAAUAAAAAAACAGUGAAUAGAGAGCGCUUUAUCAGCAAGCUAUUUCUUAGGGGUGACUCUAUCAUCAUUGUUCUGCGGGCGCCCAUGUAA